AUGUCGCGCAAUGAAGCGGUGUCGCCGCUGCGCAUCAACAAGACACCUACUCCCUCGCCCACAAAGGGAAGCGGCCGUCCCCUGUCAGAAAUCAGCCCCCAUGAGCACCGCAGGAACUCUCCCAGCUGGAAUCAGACAACAAAGAAGAUUAUCCUCACCAAGGAGAGCUCGCCAUUCCGCGACUCUUCGCCUUUUACUCACAGCCCGCGUCUCUUCUGGAAGGAGCAGACCACCUCGCCCAAGAGCCGCUUCGACACGUCGGAGAACGAGUACGAGGGCAGCUCGCCUCUCUCGCCCAAGCGCAACUCCAUCGAGAAUCUGAAGAAGCAGUCGCGUGUCAAGAACAGCAGUAUGUUCGCGCGCGAGCAGAAACACGAGUACGAUCCUACCUCGGUCCAACCACUCGACCGCCCACUCGCUGCAGGACGCCCUCUCAGCACCGCUAUCCAGGGCAAUGCCUAUGGCGGCAAUGGCCUCCAGGGCCUCCGUAGUGAGAACGAGAGCCCCACAAAAGGUCACCACCACAGCCGGUCUGAGAGCCAAACACGGAUCCCCAUCCUGAGCCCGUCCAAGACGUCACCAGCAAAGCUCCCCACACAAUCCUCAUUCGCUUCACCAUCAAAGCCUUCUCCGUCUGAGGGCCGCAUGUCGCCGACCAAAUCUUCGCUUGUCAGCAACGGUCGCUUCAACUCGCCGCAGUACAACGGUGACUCCAGCGCCAUCAUGUCAGAUGACGAAGAGCUCGUUCAUCAGACUCCCCGCCCACUGCGCCGUCAUGCUAAGAGUGUGACUUUCGACACAGCUCCACCCCAAAUUACAGAGUUUGAGUUGGUCACACCCGACCCUUCGGUCGCCACUAUGUCACGAGACGGCAGCUACGACUCCGAAGAGGAGACAGAAGAGGAGAUGAGCUUCGACCAGGAUGACAGCUUCGACGCUUCACUAGAGGACACCGAUAAGACUCCAGUUGUCCUGCCUGAGGACUGGCGCCACAUGAGCCCGCAAGCCGCAGACACUUCUCUGACCGAUCUCUACGAUGAUGUCUUUGACGGGCGUGAGAACAGUCCCAUGCCUUCAGCACGCCCAAAUGGCACGACCAACGGAUCGCGUGUCGGCUCAGUAGCGUCUGACAGCGAUGCUAGGCCACUUCCUCCUCUUCCCGCCAUACAAGGUAGCCCCAACCGACGGCGCGACUCCAGCAUUGGCCUUUCCGCUGCCGCAGAGCGAGUAGGCGAUAGGCGGCGCUCCCUUCCUCAGCUUCCGCAAGCAGCUGGUAUCUCUAAGAGUGAUCUUCUCAACAUGCGAGAGGUGUCUAUGUCGCUUGAGGAUCGGUUGCGGUUGAUGAACUUCGACGACGAUCGUGAUACAAGCACACCGACUCAGGAGAUGCAAAACAAGAAGAAGGCUGCAGAGGUUGACGUUGCAGAAGUGGACGUUACAGAGUCGGAGCUAACGCUUGACGAGCCGAAGAUCCCGCGUAUCUCUCGCGAAUCCAUCCUCCGCCGCGUCAAGAGCCGCACCUUCGACGAGGGUGAGGACGACGAGCAAGAGGAAGAGGACGACGAGUACAGCACAUUUGAGCCCGAGUACAGUCCUGAGCGCAGCUAUGGCGACCUUGCUGACUUGGACCCCGAUGUCCCCAUUCCGUCACGUGAGGCCUCCUCCAACUUCGACGAGCAUCCGCGUCAAGUCUCUGUCAGCGAGGCCGAUAGCGUCGUCGACGCUUACAGUUACCACAACGCAGACAGGGCAGAAGAUGACCAUGCCGAGGAAAGUGAUGUAGAUGGCAGCUCAAUGUCUCAGCUUGAAGACUACGAACGCGAGUCCUCUGUCAUUCGGCAUCCAAUGCCUCAACACUCAGAUGACGAAGAUGAUACUAGCCAAUACUCGCCUCAACCUGACGAACCGUCCAUUGCGCAGAGUACCAUCGACUCCUCUGGCCCAUCAACGCCCGUUGCCGCUCCCUCUUCCCCUGUCUCGGCAGAGAAGCAGGUGCCACAGGAUGAGAUGUACUCCACAUUCGAAGGCAAGGACGUGGACCUUAGCUUGGAUCCUCUGAAGGCGUCUAUGGCGACAGCACCAAGUCCAUUGGACUCAGUCCCUAAGCUAGAUGCCAUGCGCGACUUCCUACGACGACCUGUCACGCCUGAAGCUCCCGACAUGGACGAGGAUCAGUCGGAAUCGGAGGACCCUGGUACUCCAGAUUCUGUCAUUCGUCACCCCAUGCCUGUCUCCCCGGCUCCUCAAGAGAACGCUCCAGAGGUCCCUCAACGGGAAGCCACCAUCCGAGGUGCAGGUGGAAAGUUGAAGACGCGGCCAUCACUGAUUCCCGACGAUAUUGACAUGGCCGCUACACGCCGCCAGGUUAGUGGCCAGCAUGCGCCUCCUGUUCCUGAACGCAGUCCAAAGCGCCAAUCAAUGAGUCUCGAGCUUGGCAACGCCGACGACGAGAGCCAUGAUGAAGACGAUACGCAAGUGAGCAUCACAACCAAGCAGAAUCGCAUGUUGGACUUGCAGCUCGGUGAUCUUAACCUUGGUGACGAUUCGACUGACCUCAGCUUCGGGCUGGACAAGGAGUUUGACCACAUCAUUGAGUCACAAAAGGUACGAAAUCUCUUUCCUAUUCCCUCGCUCCCCAGAUUGCCUGAAUCCAUCGCUGCUGUCGCGGACACAGCUUGUCAGAUGUCUGGUGGAAGAUUUAUUCACAGGCACAGUCCCGCUAACGACAUGGUUCACGAACAGAAAGGAUACUUGAUGCGCGAGAACACAAAGGUCGUUGUUGCGAGCAGUCGCCAAUUCAGCGACGAGAAGCCUCCUACUCCUACCGAGGCCACGAGCGAGGCAGCUGCCAAGCCUGUCUCUCGUAAGACGAGCGCCGAGCGCAAGCCUGCCUGGACAAAGGAGCCUUGGAAUGGUAAGCCUCGUAGGAAGAGCAUCCGAACGGCAUCUGGUCGUCGUACUCGCACCUCCGAGGGCCCAGCUCCACCUCUUCCUGGCCAAGAAUCCGCUGUCGCUGGCGGACUAGACUCCGUUGCUGAGCAGGGAGUGGACGGCGAGCCUGAAGAAGGUGAGGAGCGCGGUUUGGUUUUCGUCAAGGUUGUGGGGGUUAAGGACCUCGACCUUCCCCUGCCAAAGCAUGAGCGUACCCACUUCCAGUUGACGCUCGACAACGGCCUGCACUGCGUCACAACAUCUUGGUUAGAGCUUGGCCAAUCUGCUCCCAUCGGGCAAGAGUUUGAGCUUGUCGUCAUGGAUGACCUUGAGUUCCAGCUUACACUGCAAACUAAGUUGCAGCCUCCAGCGGUGCCCCAGGUUGUCGCUGCGCCUACUGCUAAGGCCGUAAACCACAAGAAGUCACACUCUGCUUUCCGCAACCUCCUCUCAUCGCCAAAGAAGAGGAAAGAGCAGGAACGCAAGGCUCAAGAGGAGGCUGAUCGCAUCGCCCAACAGGAGCAUCAGGAAGCUCAAGCCGCCGCCAAACGUAAUCAAAAGGCCACCGCAUGGGAUCUUCUCCACGACCUUGUCGGACCCGACGGCUCUUUUGCCCGUGCCUACGUUUGUCUCAACAACCAUGAGAACCAAGCUUAUGGCCGUCCCUUGACCGUUGAUAUUCCCUGCUUCAAUGAGUGGGCUGUCGACAACACCGGCGCCAGCAGUGUCAAGAGUAAGCGUGGAGGUGUUGUUCGUCGUCCACCUUACCGGGUGGGUAAACUUACCCUUCAGCUUCUGUAUGUCCCCAAGCCCAAGAACGCAAAGGAUUCGGACAUGCCCAAGAGCAUGAAUGCUGCUAUCCGUGAGCUCAAGGAAGCUGAGCAAGUCAAGGACAUCAGCUUCGAAGGCACCUUGAGCCAGCAGGGUGGAGAUUGUCCGUACUGGCGACGCCGAUUCUUCCGCCUGGAGGGUACAAAGCUUACCGCUUACCACGAGUCUACACGGCAACCUCGUGCUACUAUCAACCUGGCCAAGGCCUCCAAGCUCAUUGACGAUAAGAGCGCCCUUCAGCAGCCAUCUGCUACAAAGUCUGGUGGUCGUCGCAAGUCCGGAUUUGCUGAUGAUGAAGAAGGCUACAUGUUCGUAGAAGAAGGCUUCCGCAUUCGUUUCGCCAACGGUGAGGUCAUCGACUUUUACGCCGACAGCCGCGAACAAAAAGAGGCCUGGAUGAAGGUGCUCUAUGAGACUGUUGGCAAAGACAUUGCUCAGAACAAGGGCUGGGCUGCCAUGGUCCUUGAGAAGGAGCGCAAGGAGAAGGCUACGCGGUCACAGAUUGGCGCACCAAUCUCACCAACCAAGUCGCAUCCAGUGCCAAAUUCACCGAGUGUCAACCGCCGGCCUUCUCACGCACGCACCCAAUCUCACGACAUAUUAGGCUCAAUCAAAUCAGGCCCAUCAAGUCCCGUCAAGGGGCACGCCCGCACACAGUCGCAUGCGCCUCCUCCACCUCUAAAGGAUGUCCGCAUGUCACACGCACCACCCCCACGACCGCGAACCCAGGAGUCAGGGAAGCCGGGACGGACAGCAUUUAGUGUCCACCCACCUUCCUACGCACGCUCAAGAUCCGAUCCGUACACACCAGGUCCCAUAUACACACCCUGCUCACUACCAUAUCGUGGCGGACACCAACACCAACGUCAGCGAACUCGACCCUACCCUCGGUACGGAGGACCAGAUAUAGAUAUCUCAGAAGAGAGUGACGAUAGCGAGAGCACAGACUUGAAUAUGAUAGAAAGCAGAAGUUCAAGAGGCAUGCGACGUCAAGUAUCCAAACGCUUUCCCGGCGGUAUGAUGGGUGGUGGUGGCAUGUCGGGAAUGAAACGCAGAGGUGGACUACGGGGUUCUGAAGGUAUGAAUCCGAGACCCAGGUCUGCGCCUGAGAUGCAGAUGGGCAGUAUGCCAAUGGGUAUGCCUGGGAGUCCAAGAAUGGGGGGUAUGGAAACUAUAAGGGGACUGGGUGGUAUGGGCGCGAUGGGGGGUAUGCAGCCACCUGGUAUGCCUCCAGAAUACACAUCAACUCCAUCGAUGCCUCAGUUUGGUGCUGGCGCGGGCAUAAACCCGUAUGCAGAUAUGGAAAUAGCUCCCAGCCAGUCAUCAUCACCACGAAAUAGUCCAGACACAUCUCAGCCCACACGGCGAGCUGGCCGCAAAACACCAAAACACUAUGAGCAUAUCCCAAAGGGGGCAUACGCCAAUACCGAGAAACAUGGACGAAAAUCGCGCUCCCGCGCGGACCCGCAAACGUCAGCCCGUCUAAACCGCGGCCAACCUUGGAAUAAGCAGGUUGGCCCUUCAGGGGGCGAGUUGCUUGGGGGCGACGCCUUCCUUGACGCCUGUAUUUGCACCACAGCUUGCAACUGCAGGAAAAGCGAGCGCGUCAUAUACCUUGCACGAAAUGACCCCCGUAAAGGCAGCGACUCAGACGAGGAGGAUUAUACCUACGGUAGCGGUGAGAUCAGGUACAUACUGAAAACAGAUCUAGGCAAAGACUGUGGAGAUCACUCGGGCUGCAAGAAAAGCGAGAGCAGUGACAGCGAAAAAGAGCAGAAGAGCAAGAAGAAGAACAAGAAGGACAAGAAAAAGGAAAAGAAGCGGAAAGACGAGUUCGACGAGUUCAAAGAGGAUAUACUAGAAGCGCUCAAUGGGUUGCAAGACCUGAAGAAGGACAGUCACCAACGAGAUAGAACCGAGAGCGGCCCCACAAGACAAACUUUUGGAGGGGCAGGCAUAAGGCCGAGUGCGUUCUCGAUCAACGAUAUGGAUAUGAGUCCACGAAUAGCCCAGCAGAUGGGCAUGAUGAACGGUGAUCCGUACGGCACGGGUCGGAUGCCACCUGGCAUGGCUGAUCCAAUAGGUAAAUGGCGCAUGCAUCCUAGUAUGGAACUGGGUAGAAUGGGCGGUGGCAUGGAAAAUACUGGCUUUGAGAAUGACAUGGGUGAUAUGGGUGACAUGGGGAUGAUGGGAAAUCCAUACAUGCAACCUGGCAUGAUGAACAAGAAGGGUAUGCGGCCCAGCUUCAUGUCGCAUCGUGGGGCGAAGGCAGGCAGACAGUUCAGCAAUGGCGGCAUGAGAAUGGACAUGGACAUGGAUCAAAUGGCCGCAAUGUAUGGCAGGGCCAUGGGAGGUGGCCGCGGAGGUAUGAUGAUGAUGGGUGGUGGAGGUAGGCGAGCCAACUUAGACUCGGAGUCUGAUGAUUUCGAUCUUAGGGUCGGGCCUUCAAUGCGGUCAGGCAUGCGACAACAAGCUGGCCGUGACCGGGCCGGACGUGGCAGUAGGAGACCAGGCAAUGAAGACAAGGAUAUCCCAAUCAGGCGUGACUUCGGAGGCAGCCCGCUUGCAAGGGCCAACGGCAGUCAGGAUCGAGGCAAGCAGCCCCGAGUUGAUACAGAUGACGACGAUGCUUAUUGA